AACAACAACAGUCUCUCUCUCACAGGGAUUCUCAGCACAGUUUAGCCGCUUAGUUUGCUCUAAAGUGCUGAUUAAUUCUCUCUAAUUAAAACGCUUUUUUUUUAUUAGGAGCUCAGUCAGACCAGCACGAUAGUUUGUCUUAAAUCGUUCCACUGAGCGAACUUUAGAAAAAAGAUGUUUCACAGCUAUCGCUAAAAGAUGUCAGGCCGCGGUGACAAGCUAACGACGCCCCACUAGCUGUCUGCAAGUUUGAAAAAAAAUUACACGCCUUAUUUCUUUCACGAGCCUCUCUGAGCAAAGUGCUACAGUGUAUUUGCAAAUAAUAUUAACUUGACAUCUCAGAAAUCUGCUAGUAUGUUAAAGGUGCAGUUAAACGUCUCUCAGUGAAAAGGAUGAUCUUGAAGAGUUAACCAAGCACUGACAGACAUGCCUCAACGGAAAAGAGCCCUUGUUCCCAUUAAUACAAGGAGAAGGGUUAAAGCUGAUGAAGAUUACUUCCCUUUCAACUCCCUACCGGUGGAAUGUCAGCUCCAUGUGCUCUCAUUCCUCAGUGAGGUGGACAAGUGCAACUCUGCCCUUGUGUGUGCGAGCUGGAGCUGCUUAGUGCGCUCUGGGAAGCUCUGGAGAGUUGCGGACUAUUCCCGCCGUGGGGUGUUUCAUCUGGGCCAGGAGGGUCUGCUCGUUUCCAACAGAGAGUUUGAGCGCUGGAAGGCUUGGGUUCACCAUUACACACAUCAUCUUAUAUCCCGUGGGGCUAGUUUGCUCACUCUGAAGGCCAGUUUUGAUCUAGGGGACCAGUGCAAUAAAUGGGGAGAGCUCCUGUCACACCUUCUAGAGAACGUGCAUUGCCGGGAUCUCAGUCAUUUAGACUUGAACUGGACAUUUACGCUGCUGGAACCUCUUGACCUUCGUGUCCACACCAGUUCUAGUUCUCAUCAAGACAAUAUUACCAAGAUGGACCAGGUUAAUAACUUUCACAUUCUCCUAGCCAGGCUCGUCCACAGCUGUCCCAGGGUUACCAAAAUGCGCCUGCACUUCGACUGGUCCGAAACAUCAGUUGCGCUGAUCACUCAGUUUCAACACCUCCGUAUCUUAGAAUUGAAGUACUUUUGGGUCUUCAAAGGGGUCAGUCCGAACACUUUACAGAUGCUGGCGAAAUCGCUGCCUAAUCUAAAAUCCCUCACGCUCCAUGUUCUUGUUCCACUGCGUAAUCUAGGCAUCUCGUACACCCUUGAAUCCCUUUCGCUCGAGUUCCUUGAUGUGUCACCCAGUCGAGGUCUGGUCUUCUCCUGCCUCAACCUCCCAGCGCUACGAGAGCUGCGGGCGAAAAAGAUCGUUCGGGGCAUUACUCUGGACCGCCGGACUCGGCUAAGGAUACAGAGCCGAUGGCCCUGCUUGUAUCAGGUCUUACGUGAAGGGACACCCAAACUUCAGGCCCUUAACAAUGAAAGACUCCUUCCCAGCUGGAAAGAGCAAAGUUACAGAGAGCUUACGUCAAUCCUCCAGCAGUCUUGCUACUGUCUUCAGCAUUUAGACAGCUGGCUUUGGUGAAGUCGAGACUUAAACAAUUACAGGCCACACAUAAUGGCCUAAAGGGACACAGCCACAUCCUGAAGAAAACCAUGUAGAAAAAUUAGAAGGACCAAAAAUUUAAUCCGAUAACACACUUCUGCUGAUCCUCUCUAGUUAAAAAUAUAUGUCCAGAUUCUUAACUAUACAAUUAUGCUUAAGAGUUUCGGCUUGUGUUGUGCUAUGAAGGUUUAUGUUCCAGGUUGAAGUGUGUGCAUUUUUUAGGAGCUUAGGUGAAUUCAGGAAAAUUGUUCUAUUGUGCAAAGAGGAGGAUAAAGCGGAUUGUGGCAGUGGAGUGUGGAUCACUUUGACAAGAACUUUAAUUCCUUCAAAAAUUUCAGUAGGAAUCAUCAAAAAAUAGAGGGCUUUUUGCCUUUAUUUUGUGUGUAUUUUUGUCUUGAACUAGAUUUUAUUUAAGUGUUUUCAGCUUUCCGUGACCAAAAGUUAUGACAUUCCUGAUAAUCUAUAUUUGAGACAAUACAGACAACUUUUUUCUCUUCCGGCAAUUUAAUUUUAAUCCUUCUUUCAUAAACUGGAAUUAAAACAGAAGGAUUAAAAUUUUUAUCACGCCUAGGAUUGGGUAUUUUAAGUAUUUUCACAUGAGUGAAAAUAUGUAUUGUGUUGCAUCUUCAUGUUUAUCCAUAUUUGAUGCAAAUGUCUUUAAAAGGAGAGUUAUUGAGUUUAGGGCUUUCUAAAGAAGUAAUGAGAGUAAAACUUGAACUGAUAAUACAGUCUUGACAUUAUGAGGUAUCAGCUGACCAAUGAAUAAGCAUAUAUUGACUGAGAUCAGAUGCUUAGCAUUCAUGCCAAGCAUUUAUGUAAUAUAAACCUUUAAGACAGUGUGCCUUCAGUGACGUUUGUGAUCUGUGGAGUUUUUUCUUUUAUUUUAUGAAAUUAAAAUAUUGCAUGUGCACAGAAGGUUUUUUAUUAAUAAUAGUUUUUUUUUUUGAUUUGCAGUUGCAUUUCCUUGUAAACAACCCAAUGGAUGAAAAUUUGAUUUGUAUGCGGUAUCUCAUGCUCGUCCACAGGAUGGCACCAUAGCUGUUGUGUUUCUUUCUUGCCACCCCUAAAAACAGCAGUCUGCAGUGAUAAAUGAAUUCUGUGUACUGGCUGGAAUUGAA